CAAAUUCCUUUCAACAUCUCUUAAUUUGGUCAUGUGGAUGUUAUCUGAAUGUUGCGUAAGAAUUAUGUGUGCAUGUGCCAAAGCUUUAGGUCCCUUGCUUGGUCUCUUCCUUUGUCCAGUAGACAGUUUAUGCUGUUAAUGGGUGGCAGUGUUGUCAUGGCAAUAUUCCAUUCUCCACUGGAGUGCAUUGUUCCGUUUAGAUUUGUGGCAGCCACCUCCCUCUAUUCCACGAUUUAAAUUUACAUUCAAAUUUAAAGUUUUGGCAAGCCUGUGAGGCUCAGGAAUAUUCCAGAAGCUAUGCGAGAAAAUCAAAUCAAUCUUCAUACAUCCUAGAGACUAGACUGUAAAUUACUUUUCUUUUCUUUGUUUCACAUUGAGUAAUCACGACCUUCAUGCCAAACUCUUAUGGUCCAUUGGCCUCCAGUCAGUCUCUCUCUCUCUCUCUCUUGUUGUUUUUCAGAGGGCAUUACUCAGUUUCUCCUCCCCACAUGUUCCCUCAUCCACACAGCUCCCACCCUUUCACUUUCUAUAACGGACUCUUUGUUGCAUCCUUCUCACACAUAUUUUUUAUUCCUCAUUCUUCAGAACGGGUACAGAAGACUCAGACUCACUCUACACGACCAGAACCAACAGCAGCCCAGCACAGCAAAGCCAAUCGGCAGAGCUUUUGAUUUGGUGCAACCAACCAGUGAAAGGCAGCCACUGAAGACAGAGGUGACCAAGCCGUCUGAGGAGCCCAUUGAGGUCAUUAAGGUAUAUCUGGACGAGCGUAAACAGGCACAAGCCAGACACCAACAAAGUCUAAAGAUGCUCUCAGAUGAAGUUUCACAAAUACAGGAGUGUGUGCAGGUAAGAUAUUGUCUGAAGAACCUCAGGGAGCAGAUGGCAGCUAAAAGUCACAGAACAGAACACAAGAUGGUGUUAGCUGGUACUGGUCCCAGAAAAGUAAAUGGCACUCAUUCAGUACUCAACGGUUUAGAGAAACAGGAGAGUGUGGAUGAGCAGGAGAGAGACAAGAUGAGGGAGGCCAGUAAGCGUCUGUACGCUCAGCUGCAGGAGGCGGAGAAGAGGAACCAGGAAGAGAGAGAAAAACUGCUGGCAGAGGCUAACCAGUACAAGCAGCAGUUAUCUGAGCAGAAUGACUAUCUGAAGAGGGUUCAGCAGAGCAAAGAGCAGCAGGAUCAGCAGAUCCAAGACCUUCAACGUCUCAUGAGCGGAAUGGAGCAAGAGAGCUCCUCCCUCAGAGACCAGCUCAUGACCAAACAAGCGGAACUCCUGCAGAUGCGGGAAAAGAACAAGGAGGGGCAAGCAUGGAGGCAGAGUUUGGAAGAGCAGGAGAAGGAAAAUGCUAUUCUGAGAGAGAAGAUUCACCACUUGGAUGACAUGCUCAAGAGUCAACAGAGAAAACUCAGGCAAAUGAUUGAGCAGCUUCAAAACUCGCGCAUGGUAAUUCAGGAGAGAGACCGGGCGAUCAGGGAGCUGGAGGAGAAGGUGGCCAUGCUGGAGGCAGAGAACAAACAAAUGCGUGAUCAGAUGGAUUACUACUUGGGGAGUCAAAGGUCGAAUUCAUACUUGCCAACAGAUAGCAAUGCGCAGAUUGUCUACAGCAAGCCUCUGAAGCCAUCCACCCAUACCAACAAGAGUCUGCCCUUCAUCAAGGUCAUUGAGAUUAAAUCGUGAAUGUUACCACAGCAACUUUACGGCACUGCUAUGACAACAGCACCAUCCUCCAGUACACAGUGCACCACUGCAUCAUCAUAAAGCAACAUAAAUGACCACACACCAUCACAGACCUUCACCAAAGGACAUUCUGAUUGCAGUAACAUCAGUCUAAUUGUCUGAAGAACUGUUUUUCCAAGAGUACUGUUAACAGUAAAGAGCAUGUAGAGUACAGUUCUGUUACCUAACAUUAUUAUUAUUAUUACAUUUACCGGAAAAUUGAAGUAGCAGUUUUGGUUUGGCAGAUCAAGGGCUGAAAAUAUCAAUAAAUAUGAAGACAUGUACUGAAAAUCUAAAUGAUAAACUCAUAUUCUCAUUAUUCAGAGGAGUACUUAUAUUUAUUUAUUUGAGGCUGGUCCUCUGAAGAUGACGUCCCUCACUGAACAUAAAUGGACAGACAGGUUGUGUUGCUAAACACCCUCACUGAAGAAGGGGAUGGUCAUUCCCAGGUGUAUGAUGAAGGAUUGUAUAUUUGUACAUUUGUAUCUAUAAGGCAGAAAAUGUGCUGUUGGCACUUUUGCAAACAAAUCUGUGAUAAGCAGUCUAAUGACAUUCAAGUAAAAGUUCAGGGGUCAGAUGCAGGGACUUUUUUUUUCUUUGUGUGAACUUUAACCAUAUUUGUAUUCAUAGUUCAAAUUAGCCCAAAACAGACAUCCUUUAUUUUUUGUAAAUAAAUAAUAUUUUUGUAGUAAAAACUGUAGAGUGGUUUUCAAUGCUUGCAUUAAUGGAUGCAUUAAUGCAUAUUAUGUCUUGUAUUUAAAAAAUAAAAUAGUUUCCUGA